AUGAUUCAUGUUCUUGUAUUUUUCAGGUGUACAUGUGUUGACACAAGAAAACUAGACUGUAAGUUUGACAUGGAUAUGGAUAAUAUUUCCGGGAAAAAGAGUUCACAUAAACACACACUAGCCAUGGGUAAUGAAAGCAUUGAGAACGACGAGCCUAAAUUCGGAACUGACUGGGAAUAUUUCGAAGAAAAGUUUGACGUAAGAGACACAAUUGAAAGAUUUGAAAGAUGUUCCAGCAUGUUCACCGAAGGAGAAACAGCGGGCCACUCGCCGAAAUUUGGAGCGGACUGGGAACAGUUCAGUGGCGAUAUAAAGAAAACAGACGCUCGGCAGACAGAAAAUACAGACGAUAAAGAAAUAAAUGAGACAGACACUGUGUUUGAUUCACAAAAGUUUGCAAUAAACGAAUGGGAGAGACUUGAGAAAGUGUUUGCGAAAACAGGAACACAAAAAGAAAAGCAUUCAACAAAUGACCAAACCAAAGCUGAAGAAGAAUCGAUUUCAAACAGGACAAACUCAUUUGAAGAUUUUUCUACCCUCAGGUAUUUAUUUGUUGUUGUUUAAUAUCACAUUUACUGGUUAUAUAAACAAUUGAAUUGUUUUCAAUACUUUUUUGUAUAAAUGCAGUCUAGUUAUGUCAAAUACUUUCAAGUUAUUUUUAAUAGUAU